AUGGCAGAGAUGGAGGCGGCCGCCGGCGCAAACCACGUGAACGGCUCCGCGGCCACAAACCCCACGACCGAUCCUUACGAAACAAAUCCAGACAAAAUUCCUACCGAUGACCCUUUUCUUGCUCAAAGCGCGCACUAUGGUCGGUACGCACCACGCGCCGACGAUUUUGCCCCUCGCUUCAUGCACUGGUACCAAGGUGAUCCCGCCAUCAACACUUAUUGGGAGAAAGUUGCCCAGCAGUAUUGCACACCGCAGCACUCGCUCAAUGUCACUGGACCGAGGGAAGUGUUCGCAGCCGGUAAUAUCAUCAUUCGUGUUGACCGCGAAUUGGCUGGAGGGGCGGCGGCCGAGAAAUACUCGUUUGCGAAUGCGAACGAAUUGUUAGCGGCGCAAAAAGCAGAAGACUCUCUCAGGGCGAUUGGAGUUGCAGUGCCAGUGAUAUACUUUUGCGGAACUAUAGAAGGAAGAAAUGUGACAAUCGAGUCCCGGAUUGCAGGUGUCUCGUUGGAAGUCGCAUGGAGAUACCUCAGCACGGCGCAGCUUGACGCAUUGAAAAACCACGAACCCUCCUACGUGUCCCGCGAACUCAAUUCCCACACGCCACCCUCCGUCGAGACCCGCGAACUCGAUAUCCUGUUUGCAGACAAGGGCGAGGACGAGUUGCAUCUAACACAUAAUAAUUUGAUUCCGAGUAACGUUAUCGUUCAGGAUGACCGGGUGGUGGGGAUUGCUGGUUGGCGCCAAUGCGGGUACUUUGGCACCAUCAGGGCUAAGAAGAUCCACCGACUCUUCAGGAAUCUAGAACCCACAUCCCCAACUGGCGUGGCUAGUUCUGAGAAGAGCAAGGUUUGGACAGACCUGUACGAUGGUGCCUACGACUCCAGCAAAAGCAGCCCGUUGGUCGCAAACCAAGACACACCCCUCCCAUCAGUUAAAACAGAACCAACACUAGACAGAUUCCCCAUCAAUGACGAAAAAUCAUGGAACACAGAUGGUGCGGACGACUACCCUACUUCGAGGACAGUUGCCAACCUCAAAAACGGAUUGCCGUCGAGAGCAUCAUCGUCCGACCGGUCGUCCCCAGCAAACUCGGUCAAGGCAGCAAAUAAAAAACCCGCGGCCAAAAAGGGUCCCGCCAAGAAGCCUGCACCCAAGAAGCGCAAGGUCAACGACCCAGAUGGAGACAGCGUUGAUGGGCGCCGCUCCAACACACCUAUUUCCCGCACCAGCAAAACACCAGGGAAGAAACAGGAGUCUGUUUCAAUAGCAGGGUCACCUGCGCCCGAAGAAAAAAAGCCCGCGCCAAAGAAGAAAAAGAAGAAAGGGCCCAGAGCGCCCACAGCGCAGGAAAACGACGACUCCGACAGCUUCGAUGAAAACGCAGUCUUCUGUAUCUGCCGCCGGCCUGAUAACCAUACUUGGAUGAUUGGAUGUGACGCCGACUGCGACGAUUGGUAUCAUGGCAAAUGUGUCAAUAUCGAUCCUCGCGACGCGGACCUGAUCGAUCGGUAUAUUUGCCCGAACUGCUCAGAAAAGGGCAAGGGUUGCACAACCUGGAAGCCAAUGUGCCGCUUGCUCGAGUGCCGACAACCUGCCCGUGCCAAAGGGAAGACCCCGAGCAAAUACUGCUGUGAUGACCAUGGCCGCGAGUUCAUGCGCCGGCAAACCGAACAGCUGAAAGAACGGUCUAGCCAGGCAAAUGGUCUAUUUGAGGACCUGGGGAGUAUGGGCGGCAUCCUCACGGCUGGAGAUCUGAAAGCUGCCAUCAUGCGAGUGGAAUCCACACAAGAAUUCCGAAGGCUUGGUGAUCGCAUUGUCUCCCCGCCGCCAGAGACUGACAAGAAAACGAACGAUAAACAACUGUCAUCAACGCAAUCCGGUGGCAGGUGGUUGGGAGUCGAUAUCUAUGCCAGCGGUGCAGAAUACUCCCCAGAGGAGAUCGCCAAAUUCGAAAAGCUACGCAAACAGCGAGACGAUCUCGUUCAUCGCAAGGAGAUGCUCGCAGCACGCACCACAUUCUUAUCGCUUCUCAAGCCGCGCGCCAAAGGCAUCGUGGAGAAACUGAAGCAGCACGAGCCAAAGGGCGGAUGGAAAGAUAUCUGCGGCUUCGACUCGCGGCUUUCGUGGUCGGACGAGGAAUUCGACGAGUGGCGCCUGUCAGAAACAGGACAGAAAGCUCUCGCCGAGGGCACGGUCGAAGCUUUAGCUGCUAGCAUCCAGCCCACUGACGCAGAUGGCGACACGGCAAUGGAUGGCGAAAGCGACGAUGAUAUCGCCGUCUGGACGAGUGGUGUUUGCACGAAGAAACGCUGCGAGAGACACAAGCAGUGGGUCAAGGUGCAGCAGCAGGAUAUUCUCUUCGAGGAGGAAACGGCAGAGCAGGACCUCGCCAAGUGUGAGGAAGAGGCUCAAUCGGUGGUGGAGCGGGGUGUGAUGAGGCAAUGGGCUCAGAAGGAUAACGACCCGCAGGCUUAA